UCCUCUCUCGUUCGAGAAAGUUCCUCUUCGUACGACGCUAUCGUUCUUUCAAACAGCGCCAAUAUCUCGUCGGCCGCCGCCAUUAAUCGCUCCUUAACCAGUUCUUUCAACAUCUUUGAUGUUGUCUUUUGCGAGUACACCAACGCUCACCUCCUUGCAAACCUCCGCCAACUUUUCCUUUCCUUCCAACUUCCGCCUUGUUCUUCUACGUUGGAGGUUUUACAGCAGUCGAGUCCAUAGCAUCCCCAUGCUAACGAAGUAUUUUAACAAGAGUCACUUAUAAAAUAACCUCCCACCAUAUUACGCAUAUGAAGUAUAGUUAUUGACCACUUAUGUCCAUACAUUUAAAAAAAUAAUGACUACCACAACAUGUGACGUCGAAGAAGCGCUGUGGUCAAAAUUAGCUAAAGGAGGCUGUGACGUAAUUCUUACGCAUGCGCGGGACCGACUGCGUUCCGGGUACGUAUUGCGCAGUGACAUAGUGCCAGCUGGAGGAGGAGCUUCCGAAAAUGUUAUUUAUUAAUUUAAUUUAUUUAUUCUUAUUGUAUUUGUUUUUUUUUAUUUUUGACAUUUUUUAUAGCUUCAAAAGGCGUUAUUUAUAUUUAUCCAUUCACAGUGUAGCGGUAUUGCACAGCCUCAGUUUGCAUCCACCCUUAAAACAUGACGAAGAAGAAGAAAAAGACGAAGAAGAAGAAGGCGGAAGUUAGCAAGACGACCCGAGACAAAGCACCCGCUGGACGGUGUGGAAUCGAGUUAAAAAUCACCAAAAUGCUGAAAGAGUUGGUGAAGGAGCGACUGAUGGCGGCGGCCGAUGAAAUAUUGGCGCUGUUUGAAAGAACGAUAGCGUCGUACGAAGAGGAGCUUUCUCGAACGAGAGAGGAGAACGAGCGACAUCGACGGCAACUGGAAGCCGUUAGCAAGACCGGAACGAUGCUACACGUCGAUGAUGUCCAGCGGACCGCCUACGUGAAAGAGGAAGAGGAGGAACUCUGGAUCGCUCAGGAGGGAGAGUGUCUUCUAGGGCCGGAGGAGGCUGAUCUGACUGUCGUCUCCGUGAAGACUGAAGAAUAUGACAACGACAACGACGAACCACAAGCAGACAAGCUCUUAGCUCCGCCAUCAGAUGGUGAGCACACAACGUCACACUCUCCUGAGGAUGAAGACUGGGACCACACCCAAGAAGCUCUGAGCAGCGAUACAGACUGCGAAGGCGAUAUGAGGACUCACGCUGACAACCAACACUCUGAAUGUUCUACAAAGAAGGCGGGUGAAAAACGUUUGACCUGCUCCGUUUGUCCGAAAAACUUUUCCAACAAGCGUCAUUUGACUCGACACAUGCUGACGCACACGGGAGAAAAACCCUUUAGAUGCUCAGUUUGCGGUAAAAGCUGCUCUCAGAAGACAAACAUGGUAUCACACAUGAGAACGCACACGGGAGAAAGACCGUUCAGUUGCUCAGUUUGCGACGAAAGAUUUUCUUACAAGUGCAAUUUGACUCGACACAUGCAGACGCACGCGGGGGGGAAAUCGAUUCUCGCCUCAGUUUGCGGGACAAAAAUCUCUGAAAACCCAACGCUGCUACCACACGCGGGGGAGAAAGCUUUCGGUUGCUCCGUGUGCGGCGAGAGCUUUUCUUAUAAGUGCAAUUUGACUCGACACAUGCAGACGCACACAGGAGAAAAACCCUUCUGCUGUUCCGUUUGUGGUAAAAGAUUCACGCAGAAGGUAAACAUGGCGUCGCACAUGACCACACACACUGGAGAAAAACCCUUUAGUUGCUCAGUUUGUGGCAAGAGUUAUUCUUACAAGAAAAGCUUGACAGCGCACAUGUUGACACACAACAGAGAAUAAACGUUCUCCUGUCCAGUUUGCACUCAGAGGUUCCCUCCUGAGAGAUAUGCAUUCACAUAUUCCCUCAUGUGCUCGUAGUGUGCCGCCCAAUAAGUUUUUAAUCAACUCUGAAGCAAAUAAGACAUUUUGACUUACCGUCUGAUUUGUCUUCCUUCUUUUGUUCUACAGAAGUGUAAGUUAAUGUAAUAAAACGUUUCUACGGAUAAUAUAUGUAAUCAGAAAGAUAAAAAAUGUGUGUUUAAUGUUGUAAC